UCCGCUGAGCACGCGCCGUGGGCGCGACGGUCGCCGCGUUGCACCGUCGCGAGACCCUUACGGAGCCCCAGGCCACAAAGUCGGGGCGCAACGGGGAGCUGGGCGUGCCGAUGGAGCCGGAGCGGAAGGCGGGACGAGCAGUUGCUUUCUCCGGGCUGCCCUCCUGGGAGAGGGAGGCUGCUGCCCAGAUGGACCAUAAAUAGGAUCCCUAGACCAGCCUCCUCACUCACCUCCUCGGCACCACCCAGGCCCAGCAGCUGCCAGAACGCCGCUUCCUGUGCCUGAAAUCAUGCCCCUAGGUCUCCUGUGGCUGGGCCUCUCCCUGCUGGGGGCCCUGCAGACUCAGGCCCAGGACCACCCCUCAACCCAAAAUCGGAUCCCAGCCCCAUCUCUGCUCAGGGUCCCUCUGCAGCCUGACUUCGACGAUGACCAGUUUCAGGGCAAGUGGUAUGUCCUAGGCCUGGCAGGGAACAACUUUAAGAAAGAGGAUCAAGGCCAGUUCAAGAUGUACGCCACCAUCUACGAUCUGAAAGAAGACCACAGCUACAACGUGACCUCCAUCUUGCUCAGGAACGAGAAUUGUGAUUACUGGGUCAGAACUUUUGUCCCAAGUUUUCAGCUUGGCCAGUUCAGCCUGGGGAACAUUAAACGCUACCCUGGUCUCCUGAGUUACACCGUGAGAGUGGCCUCCACCGACUACAAGCAGUUUGCCUUGGUGUUCUUCAAGAAGGUAGACAGAAGACGGGAGCACUUCAAGGUCACCCUCUAUGGGAGGACCAAGGAGCUGACCCCUGAACUGAAGAGGAAAUUCGUCCGCUUUGCCAAAUCCCUGGGCCUCACCGAUGACUACAUCGUCUUCCCUGUCCCCAUCGACCAAUGCAUUGAUGACCAGUGAUCCUGCGUGCAGUGCCUCCUGUCUCCCUCAGCCCAUCACCUGUCAGCCUCUGCCCCAGGUGGCCCAGCUGUCCCCCACCAGCCCAGCAAAGGUCUCCAGCAGGAGCACCAGGAGACCUUUCACACUAACUGCUCCUGGCCAUCCCACUCAUGGAGCUCCCCUUUGCCUGCUAAAUAAACAUGUGUCUCCUGACCUCCAUUCGCUUCUUGGCCCCUGGGCCAUCCGGGGCGAGUGGGGCACAGGGCAGGCUCACAGCAGCACCACCCCAG